AUGUAUUUCUGUAGAAAGAUCGUUCUUCUGAGGUGUAAACAUAGUUAAUGUUUCACCACGAACCCCCUGGAAAAUAUUGGCUCUAUUCUGUUUUGCUAUGGUAAAUAAUGACGCCAGGGACUUCCCCGUAACCAAAACAAUUUAAUUUCAUUCCCUACAGUCUGCCGCUGCAGUGAGAAAACAACAUGUUUCUGGAAUUGUAUAUCACUUGGGCUGACUUUCCAGUGGUCCUACUGCUGUUUAUUUUCUUGUAUGUUGCUGUGCUUAUACUGGGGGAACUAGCCCGCAGAGAUCAGGAAAGUGAAUGGGUACUGCAGAGUUUCCCAGCUGGAACCACCAAUGUGACUGAUAUUCAAGGUGAUGGCAACAUUUCUGUCAAUGCUGGUAGUUUUAGUACCGUCACCAUUACAUGUCCUCAAGUGGUGGAGAAACCGCUUCCACGCACUGCCAGGCUCAACAAUCGCAGGCAGAAACUGUGCAGAAAGAUGCUAGACCAACUGGGACGGCUGUCUGCAAACGGAGAGCUGCAGACAUGUAAGAGAAGCAUUGAUAGGCUGAUUCAGGCUACGUCAGAUCCAGACUACCGUACCGCACUGUGGAACGCCGCUGCAAUCAACUGCAUCAAUGGGGGGAAGAUGAAAAGUGCACGCAAAGCCUUGCGCCAUGUCACUGGUCUUCUGGACCAAACCGAGAACAGUGUCGAGCACAAACUUGGGCGAGAUCAUUACCUCUCACUCAUCUAUCUGAGGGAGAACAAGUACGACCAAGGUGUAUGCCUGACAACGGGGGCGUUACAGCAAACAGAGCGGCUACAACCUGGCUGUAUGUCGGCUUGGGUACUGAUCAACCACGGCUGGUUCUACACCAAGAUGGCUAUACAGGAACAAGAUCACUAUGACCAGGCUGAACUGAUUAGAAAAGCCAUUGAUUCAUACAUGAAGGCUAUUGACUUCUCCCAUGAAGAGUUCCCCGGCCAACUGCAAGACAACAAGUCCAGGAUCCGCCAGUUCUCCCUGAUUGGUCAGGUGUAUCUGCUGCUGAGGUGUUGGCGCUCAGUAGAUGGGAACUAUUCCAAACUAGGGAUGACAGACCAAAUCUCUCAGAAAGACCUGGCAAAAGCAGAAGAGGUGCUCAGCUCACUGGAGAAGGGGGAGCCCCUGUGUGGAAUAUGUGAGGUCCUGUACAGGAUUGCGAAGGCACAUCUAUAUUAUAGGAAGAAACAAUACCAAGAAGGCCUGAAGGAAGCAAAAAGGGCAAAGGUCUUUGCAAAAGAGCGGUCGUUCAUGCAAUACCAUGACUUUGCUGACAGCAUUGUCAAGCAUUUUGAAAGAACAGUUUAGAAUGAGCACUCUACAAAC